AUGAACGCUGUGCAAGCUAUCAAAUGUGUUGUCGUAGGAGAUGGUGCUGUCGGAAAGACGUGCCUGUUGAUCUCAUACACUACCAAUGCCUUCCCGGGCGAGUAUAUUCCAACUGUUUUUGACAACUACUCUGCAAGUGUGAUGAUUGAUGGCAAGACGAUCUCUCUCGGUCUCUGGGAUACUGCUGGACAAGAAGAUUACGAUCGCCUGCGUCCCCUGUCUUACCCUCAGACUGACGUGUUCCUCGUAUGCUUCUCUCUUGUCAGCCCGCCAAGUUUCGAGAACGUGAGAACAAAGUGGUAUCCCGAAAUUUCUCACCACGCACCUUCAACGGCCAUUUUGCUUGUUGGAACUAAGCUUGACCUUCGUGACGACGAAGCAACUCGGGAGAAGCUACGUGAACGUCGCAUGGCUCCCAUAACCUACCAGCAAGGUUUACAGAUGCAGAAAGACAUCAGGGCCGUCAAAUACUUGGAAUGUUCCGCCUUGACUCAGAAAAAUUUAAAGACGGUCUUUGACGAGGCGAUCCGCGCAGUCCUAUAUCCGCCUGCAAAGGAAAAGAAGCCAUUGAAGAAGACGGGGUGCAUCAUCGCAUGA